UGCUUGUAGUUCUGAAAGACUGAAACAUGUCCCUUCCCAAUUCCAUACUCUAUAAAUAGCCCUGAACUGAUUGUGUUAAUUUGUGUGUUGAGGUAGUGUACAUCUUUCUCUUCUAUCUAUAUACUCUUCAGAGAAAGUAAGAAACAAAGAAGAUGGAAUGGAGAAAGAGUUACUUAGAUUUAACACUGGUUCCAUUGGGUAUUCUAUUCUCCCUCUUGUACCAUGCAUGGCUCUGGCACAAGGUCAGAUCACAACCACUUGAUACAAUCAUUGGUAUUAAUUCUGCUGGAAGACGUCUCUGGGUGCUUGCCAUGUUCAAGGAUAAUGAGAAGAAGAACAUCCUGGCUGUGCAAACAAUACGGAACGCCAUAAUGGGUUCAACGUUAAUGGCGACAACAUCCAUCCUGCUGAGCUCCGGGCUGGCAGCCAUCAUCAGCAGCACGUACAGUGUGAAGCAGCCCAUAGGAGACUCAGUAUACGGUGCACACGGCGAGGCGGUGGUGGCUAUGAAAUAUGUUGUACUGCUGCUCUUCUUCCUGUUGGCCUUUCUCUGUUACUCUCUCUCCAUCAGGUUCAUGAACCAGGUUAACUUUUUGAUCAACGUGCCACUUGGUGACACGUGUCCAGUGAGCACUGAGUACGUUACAGAGCUGCUGGAGAGAGGGUUCAUGCUGAAUGCCAUGGGAAACAGGAUCUUCUAUGUUGCAAUGCCUCUUCUUCUUUGGAUUUUUGGGCCUGUUUUGGUCUUUCUAUCUUCUGCAACCAUGGUUCCUAUUUUGUAUAAUCUUGAUGUUGUGUAUGGGAAGGGAAAGGGAAAGGGAGAGGGAAAAGGAAGUAUGGUGGGGGAUGGACAUGGCUUCAUGCAAGCCUAGCAAAGUCAUGGUCAUGGAGGUUACUUGUAACUUGUAAGUGGUGGUGGUGGUGGUGGUGGUGGUGGAUGUCAUUAAAUUAUAAAUGCCUAGCUAGUUAA